AUGAAGAACCAAGGAGAUACCAUCAAGAAGCUUGAAUCUCAAGUAGGAUACCUCUUUCAGCAAAUUCCUAAGCCUACUGAUAGUUUUCUAAGUGAUUCUGAGAAGAAUCCAAGAAGAGAUACCAAGAAGGUAAGAUGGGAGGAAUGCAAAGCAAUCACUCUAAGAGAUGAAGAGAUUUUGGAGGAAGAAUUUAGCAAGCCAUCAGAGCACACUCAGGGAAUUUCAAAGGAAAAACUGGAAGAGAAGGAACAAGGAAUAAACUCUGCACAAAUGAAGGAACCAAUGGAGAAGGAAAUCUUGAGCCCCUAUGUACCAAAAGCACCAUUCCCUCAGAGACUCAAGGGUGGUGAAAAAGAGAAGUCAUACUCAAGGUUCCUAGAUAUGUUUACAUCUCUUCAUAUCAACAUUUCUUUCAUUGAAGCCCUCCAACAGAUGCCUUCGUAUAUCAAAUGCAUGAAGGAGUUGCUAACCAAGAAAAGCCCAUUGAAGGGUGGGAAAACAGUAGUAAUGAAUAAAGAAUGCAGUGCUCUUAUCAAGAAAGAGUUACCCUCAAAGAAGAAGGAUCCAGGGAGUUUUCACAUCCCUUGUGCUAUAGGAGACACAAUGAUUGAUAGCGGAUUUUGUGAUCUAGGAACAAGCAUAAAUUUAAUGCCUUUAUCUCUCAUGAGGAAGCUGCAAAUCAAUGAGUUGAAAUCUACAAACAUAAUUCUGUAA